UAGAGUGAUGGCCAUAUGGCUCAGCCCAGCAAUUGUUUCCACCGUGCAGAUGGAAGACCAAAGUGGGUUUGGCACAUUCGAUUCAUCUGGUUUAUGUCCCUCUUCACCUUGCUGCCUCCCAGCACCUCCUGGUUUUAUGAGCAAACUUCAGCAGCAGCAGAGAUGCAGGCACAGGACUGCUCGGAGGACACGGUCCAGUUUGCUCUGCUCCUGAGCUGCUUUUGUCACCUCCGUUUCCAGCAGCAGAUGCAGUUUGACUCUAUGGAAACAUGCUCUGAGAGAACCUCUGCUGGCACUGGAGAUCGUGAGCACUUCCUGGGGCUAUGGGUGAAGUGGAAAGGGAAGGACCUGUUUGAUCUGGUGUGCAGGACACUCGGGCUCCGGGAAACCUGGUUCUUUGGGCUUCAGUACACUAUCAAGGAUACGGUGGCUUGGCUCAAAAUGGACAAGAAGGUUCUGGAUCAUGAUGUUCCAACAGAGGAGCCCGUCACCUUUCACUUCCUGGCCAAAUUUUAUCCUGAGAAUGCAGAGGAAGAGCUGGUCCAGGAAAUCACACAGCACUUGUUCUUCCUGCAGGUGAAGAAGCAGAUUUUGGAUGAGAAGAUCUACUGUCCUCCUGAAGCCUCUGUCCUGCUGGCCUCAUACGCUGUCCAAGCCAAGUACGGCGAUUACGAUCCCAACGUGCACAAGAGAGGCUUCCUGGCACAAGAGGAGCUGCUCCCAAAGCGGGUGAUAAACCUGUACCAGAUGACUCCAGAGAUGUGGGAGGAGAGGAUAACAGCGUGGUACGCAGAGCACCGGGGCAGAGCGAGAGAUGAAGCUGAAAUGGAGUAUUUGAAGAUAGCUCAGGACUUGGAGAUGUAUGGAGUGAACUAUUUUGCUAUUAGGAACAAAAAGGGCACCGAGCUGCUCCUUGGAGUGGAUGCCUUGGGUCUUCACAUUUAUGACCCAGACAACAGGUUGACCCCUAAAAUCUCCUUCCCAUGGAAUGAGAUCCGCAAUAUCUCAUACAGCGAUAAAGAGUUUACCAUUAAGCCAUUGGACAAAAAGAUUGAUGUUUUUAAAUUCAAUUCAUCAAAGCUGCGUGUGAAUAAGCUGAUUCUUCAGCUGUGCAUUGGAAACCACGACCUCUUCAUGAGGAGGAGGAAGGCAGACUCGUUGGAGGUCCAGCAGAUGAAAGCACAGGCCAGGGAGGAGAAAGCCAGGAAACAGAUGGAACGGCAACGCCUGGCCCGAGAGAAGCAAAUGAGAGAAGAGGCUGAAAGGAAAAGGGAUGAGCUGGAGAGACGGUUGAUGCAGUUAAAGGAAGAGGCAACAAUGGCCAAUGAGGCUCUGAUGAGGUCUGAAGAGACGGCAGACCUGCUGGCUGAGAAGGCGCAGAUCACGGAGGAGGAGGCCAAGCUCCUGGCUCAGAAGGCAGCUGAGGCUGAGCAGGAGAUGCAGCGGAUCAAAGCCACGGCCAUCCGGACGGAGGAGGAGAAGCGGCUGAUGGAGCAGAAGGUGCUGGAGGCAGAGAUGUUGGCACUGAAAAUGGCCGAGGAGUCGGAGAGGAGGGCGAAGGAGGCUGAUCAGCUGAAGCAGGAUCUUCAGGAGGCCCGUGAGUCUGAGAGGAGAGCAAAGCAGAAGCUGUUGGAGAUCACCAGCAAGUCGUCAUACACGCAGUCUAUGAACUCAAGUACAACAGCACUGCCUACUGACCUGCCAAGCUUCAACCUCAUCAGUGAGAGCCUGUCUUUUGACUUCAAGGAUACUGACAUGAAGAGGCUUUCGAUGGAAAUAGAGAAAGAGAAGGUGGAGUACAUGGAGAAGAGCAAACACCUCCAGGAGCAGCUGAACGAGCUCAAGACUGAAAUUGAGGCACUGAAGCUAAAGGAGAGAGAGACAGCUCUGGAUAUAUUGCACAACGAGAACGCCAGCCGGGGCAACAGCAAGCACAACACUAUCAAAAAGCCUCAAGCCCAGGGCAGAAGACCUAUCUGCAUUUGAGACUUCCACCUCACCCUACAGAGCACCAAGUCCCGCGUGGCCUUCUUCGAGGAGCUGUAGGGAGCGACCCGAGCUCCGCACUGCUGCUGCCACCGGCAAUUCCCUUGGGAUCCAGUGCCCAGCUGGGGCUGGGAGCGGGGCAUCACCCCCGGGGCACACC